UUAUUGUGGAAGUGACUCAAACAUAAAUAUUGACGAAAUAUUGAAAUACUACCAAUCGAUCUUUGUCGUUAAUGAUUUCAAUUGGAAAUUGAAACCAAAGACCUGGAGGCAUUCGACUAUACUUUGCUGUUGCUGAAGUUUUUUUUUUUUUUUCUGUUUCCCUCAAAUUUGGUUCGGGGUUUGACAUAAAUGCUUCCUUUUCUUUAACCCUGCAUUAUGUAUUACCAAAACUGUUCAAAGCUCCUUGCACAAAGAGUCAGCAUUUCUUCUUCAGGUCUCUUGCUGCUGCUAAGAUUGGGUCUUCUGCUGGCCACUUUUACAUCCCUUGUCAAGCUUUAGCCAUGUCUAUAAACAAGAAAAUAAGAGGCUUCUUUCAAGACAGUUUGAGUAUCGUCCUUCUAAUUCAAGUCUUAUGGCUUUUGGAACACUGGAUGGUGAAGUUGUUGUUACCAACCAUGGAAUGGGGAAUAUUUCUAAUUAUAUCCCAUACAGAGUGGCACAUACUGUUCUCGGCCUCUGUUGGCUUAAGAAUUGACCCUCCAAGUGGCAGUUGUGAUGAACACGUUGUCCACAUCUGCUGUGCUCAAACUGGAAGACGACUGAGGGAUAUUUAUUUGGAGGAUAGCGAGUCCGCAAAAUUUCUGUCUGUGCAGUCCUUAAAGGGAGAUCCCUUCAGGGUAAGCUCUUGUUUAACACAAUUCCAGUCAUAUCAAGCCAGAGAAGGUAGGGAAUACAAAAAUCUAUUACUACUUAACAAAUCAAACAAGAUAAUACUAAUAUUAGUAAAUCCUAAACCAAAUGCCUCCUCUGCUUAAUGCAAUUUCAAUUGGUUUUUUCAGUUCA